UUUUUUCAUGUUUCAUUAAUGUCUGUCCACCCUUUUGUCUCUAAUCUCUACUCUCUAAGCUAACCAAAUUAAACUCACCCAAAGGAAAAGAGAAUUAGAAAUUAACCCAGAACGGCCUGCCAGAAUUCCUGCAUUAUAGAACAAUAUUGUGGAUGCUGUUUUUCUUCUUCUCUUUUCUCUUACCAAGCAUUUCUUGUUGGGAAAGCAAAAAAGUAUAGCAAUAUUUCUUGAUCUGUUCUGUGCAGGGAUUCCUGGUCUGUUUAGAUUUAUUUCCCUUGUCCAAAAUUCUCUUACAAUAAAAGAUUCAUGUAUUGAUUCUUUUGGAUUUUAUUUCCUGUAUUAUCUUUUUCAUUCGAAUCUUCUCUUCUUUGAUAUCCUUGCCUAGCUUUCUUGACGUCAACAACAUUCCCAUUUGGAAAUUCUGUGCUAGCUCUUGCGCUUUUCAAAAAGCCUUGCAAGCUUGGAUAGAGUGAUUGUGUUUCCUAAAAGGGGCAAAAAGAUCUUGGUUUUAAGAGCAACCACAAUAUUAAGAUAUUUGUCAAUGCUCCAUUGAUUUGAGAGAUUGACAAAAAUGGUAAACUUGGGUUCCCAGCAUAAAUCCAAGGGCACCAAUUUAAAUAUUCAUUGCAGCAGAACGGCAAAGGGUGGUGGUGGUGGUUUUGGCAUAUUUUAAAGUGGUUCUGUUGGGAUAGAGGUGAGAUCAUGGGCUGCAUUUGCUCAAAAGGAGCUGCAGAAGAAGAUGUAAAUAGCAAUACGAAUGAUCAGAAGCAGACAGAGGUGGAUAAGUCUUCUGUGCAAAUGGUUGCUCCUGCAAUAUCCAAGAAAGAAGAGAUGUUGGUAGAUUUUCUUGGCCAAAAAGAUGGAUCGGUGCGUCUUGUGUCAAAGGCAAAUGUUGGGAAUGUUCCUGUUUCAUUGGAAGAAGGAGAAAAGGAAAGGAAACUUGUUGAUGUGAAGAGUAAAGGACAUAAUAGAUCGAUAACAAUGGAUUCAGAGCCCAAUGACGACCAACCACGUGUGAGUAUGAUGAUUAGCAUACGUCAUGGAUCUGAAAGGGAAGCAUGGCCAGAAUGGUUAACAGCAGUUGCUGGAGAAGCCGUCAAAGGGUGGCUGCCUCGACGAGCAGACUCAUUUGAGAAGCUAGACAAGAUUGGACAAGGAACUUACAGUACUGUAUACAAGGCUCGUGACCUUGAAACUGGAAAAAUUGUUGCAAUGAAGAAGGUGCGGUUUGUCAACAUGGAUCCGGAAAGUGUCCGCUUCAUGGCUAGGGAAAUUGUUAAUUUACGUAAACUUGACCAUCCAAAUGUUAUGAAACUUGAAGGAAUAGUCACUUCGAGGAUGUCAGGGAGCUUGUACCUUGUGUUUGAGUACAUGGAGCAUGACCUUGCUGGGCUUGCAGCAAAUCCUAGCAUCAAGUUUACGGAAUCUCAGAUCAAAUGCUACGUGCAACAACUUCUACAUGGACUUGAGCACUGCCAUAAACAAGGUGUCUUGCAUCGAGACAUCAAGGGCUCGAAUCUUCUGAUAAACAAUGAUGGAGUUCUCAAGAUUGCAGACUUUGGUCUGGCAACUUUUUAUCAUCCUGAUCAGAGUCAGCCUUUAACAAGUCGCGUAGUAACUCUCUGGUAUAGGGCACCGGAGCUUUUGCUAGGUGCUACAGAGUAUGGACCUGCUAUAGAUAUGUGGAGUGCUGGCUGCAUUCUUGCUGAAUUAUUCGCUGGCAAGCCUAUCAUGCCUGGAAGAACAGAGGUAGAGCAAAUGCAUAAGAUUUUUAAGCUUUGUGGUUCACCCUCUGAGAUCUACUGGCAGAAGACAAAGUUUCCACAUGCAACUAGUUUCAAACCUCAGCAAUCUUACAUACGAUGUAUUACUGAGACAUUCAAACAUUUCCCUCCGUCAGCUUUGACUCUUGUUGAUAAGCUCCUGUCAAUGGAACCACAAGAUCGAGGUUCAGCCACUUCAGCUCUUCGAAGUGAGUUCUUCAGAAUAGAGCCCCUCCCUGCUGAUCCAUCAAGUCUACCAAAAUAUUCUCCAUGCAAGGAACUGGAUGCCAAGUUGCGAGAUGAGGAAGCCAGAAGGCAAAGAGCAGAGGCUGUAAAAGGACGAGGACCUGAAUCUGUCAGAAGGGGUUCAAUAGAUACUAAGAAAGCUCCAACUCCGGAAUUCACUGCUCAGGCACAGCCAAAAACUGCAAGUUCCAGCUAUAAAUAUUAUAUCCAGGAGGAUGCGGGGACUGGCUUCCGAAUUGAGCCUCCUAGAGUAUCGAAGCAGAAUGGUUUCGAGCACUCUACGUCAAUGAUUCACCCUUCCGCAGUAGCAGGAUUGUCGUUAAAUAAAAGUGCAGGUUCUUCAAGAAAUAAUCCAGAAUUGAGGGCACAGAAAUCUCACGAGUCUCAAUCAGGGGAGAUGUCUAGCUCCUCUCUUAAGAAGAAUGAAAAGGCUCCUACGAGCAGAGAUUCUUCAAUGGGGGGGUAUGUUCCCAGGAAAACCAGAAUCCAUUAUUCUGGACCGUUGAUGCCUCCUGGGGGGAACAUGGAAGAAAUACUCAAAGAGCACGAUAGACAAAUCCAGCAGGCCGUUCGUAAAGCACGUCUUGAAAAGUCGGGGACCAGAGAUAACCUUGAUGGUUAUGGGCAACUACACAACAACAGACGAUACAAAGGGUAAUUCUCAAAACAAUUACUCCGUCGCAUCCUCGUGGUGCCUUUCUCCUCACCCUGCAGAACCACCCUCAAGUGGGAAGCUUCUUUGUCGUGCCAUCAAGCAAAAUCAGAUAUGAAAUGCACUGUGAGCUUCACUGAGAUAGAAAUUGUAUUUGAAUGGGGAUUGUGAGACUCCAUUUUGACAAGGAAGGAGGGAGGUUCUUGUAUUUCUUUGAAAAUACAUGAAAUGGUGAGGACUUCGUUCUGUAUAGUAGAUAGGAGGAGUGAUUAAUUAGUAGCUACGGUAUUCAGAAGUUGUAAAGCAUCUUGCAAGUAACUACUGAAAAGAUUGGAACAGAUGUACUUUCAUUCUCCCUGCUAGUAAUUUGGACACUAGCCCGUCAAGAUUUCGUGUUGAGAUC